UUCGCGCGCGCGGGCGACACGUUCGCCGGGACACACGGAUCCCGCAACUUUCUUCCUCUCGUAGAACGUAGUCUAGUUCUUUCUUGCAUUUUAGAUGUGUGUGAUGAUUUAGAGUUAAGUGUGUGAAUACAAACAUGUGAGACAUCAUAGUGAGGUUAAUUAAUUGGCCCGGAAAGUGGCUUCCAGUGUAGUGGCGACAGCGGCUGCGAUGCUAGAACAUGAACACUAGGUUCGAUAAUAUAAGCCGCUACAGCAAGUGUUAAGUUAAAGUUUAUUAUGUAAAUGUGCCAAAAGUGAAAAUAAGUAUAUAUAUUUUAAUAAGUAUUUUGAAUUUUAGCUGAUAAGAUAUCGUUAAUUUAAACAUGAUAGUGAGAAGCAAGCUGAAAACAUUGAAAAAGUGGAAAUUUAAAUUCAACUGACGGUCCAACGUCCGAAUUUAGUAGAUUUUAUAUGACGUGGUAGGUAGUUCGAACAGAGAAAAUACUAUAAUCGAUCAGCUUUGGACUUACAGUAUAUCGAACAAUAAUAAAAAAUACUUAAUUUAGUACAAGUGGCGCCAUCUGCGUAUAGAAAGUGCGAGUAAAUUUCCCUGACGUGUAACGUCAUCUAUUGACAAGAUGGCGUCACCAUCCGGCUCCCCGAAUCCGAAGCCGCCGUCUCCGCCGCCCGGCCACACUCCUUCCAAAAUGGAGAGGAGAAUGUCUCACUUCAAGGAGUAUAAGUUCUUCAGGUCAUUCAGCGCGAAGGUGGAGAACUGGCCAAUGAGAAAAGCAGAGCAGUUGUGGAGGAAAAUGAGGGAGAGGAAAAUUGCAGAAAUCGAAGCGACAGAAGCGUGCAAAUGGCUAAGAGCCGCUGGGUUCCCGCAGUACGCGCAGAUGUACGAAGACCUGCAGUUCCCGAUAGACGUGUCCGGGGUCCAGAACGACCAUCCGUUCCUGGACGCGGACUCGCUCCAGUCCUUGUUCCGCAGACUGACUGCUCUCAACCGGUGCGCCAACAUGAAGCUGGAGCACCAUCAUCAUCAGAAGAGAUCGAACGACUCUGACGACGACCAGUGUGCGCUGAGCGACAAAUGGCAGUACGAGAGGAAGUCCAGAAGGUGGUCCCGAGUGGUGGAGAUCACGCCGCAGGCGCAGCGGCGGUUGCAGAUGAUAGCAGCAAAGGCGCUGGCGGAGAAAGAGGCGCGGGAGGCACGGGGGGAGGUGGAAGAUGAUGAAGACGACACUCUCCCAACCAUUCGGGUCGGCCUGGUGGACGCUGACGGUCACUACACUGAUGUUGAGCCGGACUUAUUAACAGUACCCGGGCAGCCAAUGAUACAGUUACCAAGCGACAAGGAGGAUGAAGAAGACACUGGGACCAGGUUUCGAAGAACUGGCUCCGAAAGACUCAGAGACGGCGCCAAAGCUCUGCUUAGGAGGGUGGAAUCACUCAAAACUAGGAGAAGAAAACGGCAAAACAGAACCGAAGUCAUCGUCUCAUCCCCACACUUCCUAGACACACAGACAGACAGAUAUCCAGACUUAAACUAUAUAGACAUGACUCCAACUACACCAACAGCAUUUCCUUUCCCCGACUUCAACAGUUCCCCUCUCCACGCUCCAGCCAUCAGAACGCAACCACCUUCACCCAUGACCAUAAUGCCACCAUCGCCUAUAGCACCUUUAGAACACUCAUUUGUUUUAAAUCCUCCUUUUGGUGACGAUAGCUCAAGUUACGCGUCAGAUGGGAGUAUGAGCUCUAGUAAUAAGAGUACAAAGUCUAAAUUGGGGCGAGCGAAGAGAAUUUUCCAUAGGGGUAUGAAGAAUGAAGACACCAGUGCCUUGAGCGACUCAGAGUGUCAGCCGGCGAGUUGGAGGCACAAUUAUUAUAAGGAUCAUAAUACUCAUCACAAUACAGAGGUGUACGUUGAGCCACCUUCUCCGGUGGAGCUGAAGCCAGACCCUGAAGUACUCCGCGAGGUACAGAAGUCUCCCGGACACACGGUGCACCGGCGGCAGGCGAUACGGACCAGUUCGCUUAAUCUCGGGAAAGAUGGACAGAAAUUCCGCGACCGGAGCCUCAAGCGAGAUAAGUCAGCGUCCAGGAGUUCCGACCUGAACAGCAGCCCCAACUCGGCGGGGUCGCACUCGCACGACGGGGACCAAGACGACGAUGACGACAGCCUGGAUAUUAAGACUAAGAAGAACAACAUUCAGAGAUGGUACUCAUUUAGGACGAGUGGUCUAAACGGGGGACCUAAAGCGAACAACACGUUGCAGGCUGUAACCAACCAGAAGGACCCUGAAGCUUACAUGUCAAGACCAAUGGCCUCAUUAUCAUGCGGUCAGCUACACAUCCUAAGGAAACUGGCGUUACUUCGACUAACGGCGUGCAUGGAGAGGUACUGCCCGUCACACAAGUCGGGCUGGAACUGGGAACUCCCCAAACUCAUUAGGAAGAUCAAGACGCCAGAUUAUAAAGAUAAAACCGUAUUCGGAGUUCCGCUCACGGUGUCGCUUCAGAGGACUGGUCAUUCUCUGCCAAAACCUAUACAAAGUGCUUUAAAUUGGUUAAAAGGAACUGCGUUAGAUCAGAUGGGUAUAUUCCGAAAAGCCGGAGUAAAAUCGCGAAUCGCGAAGCUGCGUCAGACAGUGGAAGCGGCGGGCGCAGCGACGGCCGCGUUCGCGGCGGAGAACAUCAGCACGUGCGCGCCCGCGCAGUCCAGCCUCACAUUCGAGGGCUGCCAGGCGCACGACGUGGCGGACAUGGUCAAGCAGUACUUCAGGGAGCUGCCGGACGCGUUGCUCACCAACAAGCUUAGUGAGACCUUCAUCGCGAUAUUCCAACAUGUUCCUGAGCCACUGCGACCAGACGCAGUGCAGUGUGCGUUGUUAUUGCUGCCUGAAGAACAUUUAGAAGCUUUGCACUCCCUUCUUAUAUUCUUGGCUGAGGUGGCGGAACACUCGACAGUGAACCAGAUGACGGCCUCCAACCUGGCCGUGUGUCUCGCGCCGACGCUGCUCCGGCUGCACCACGCGCCCCCGCAGACUGGCAGCACCAAGGAAGGCAACUCGAAUAGAAUGGUGAUAGAGAGCGUGGCCGACCAGCGCCAGAUCAGCGAGAGCCGCGCGGCGCACGCGUGCCUGCUGCUGCUCAUACAGAAACACCAGCAGCUGUUCCUGGCGCCCGCCGACAUGCUGGCCAGGUGCAAGUUCAACUACUUCGAGGAGAGUGUUCCGGUGGCGUUAGAAGAAUUAGGAGGAGAUUUCAAUCAAGACUGGAAAGGCUUUCAGCAAGCUUGCAUAAAAGCUCUAUUAAAAGAAGCCAAAGAAAAAGUCUGUGGCCGGUCGGGGAAAAGGAGCCGGGGCUGGAUGUCGGUGUCGGGCGCGGCCGCGCACGUGGAGCUCUGCUGCAAGAAGGUCGGCGACGGCCACCCCUUGCGGCUGUGGAGGGCCACCACCGACGUGGAGGCCCCACCGCAGGAGGUCAUGCAAAGAAUACUCCGCGAAAGACAUAUUUGGGACGACUCGUUGAUGAAGUGGCGGGUGGUGGAGAAACUGGGAACCAACGCCGAGGUUUUCCAGUACAUCACAGCGUCCAGCAUCAACUUGACGCCGAGGGAUUACUGCGUAUUAAGGUCGUGGCAGCAAGGCGGCGGCGGCGGCGGCGGCGGCUGGUGCGCGAUCGCGGAGACGUCGGUGGCGCACGCGAGCGCGCAGGCGGCGCCGGCCGCGCGCGGGGUCGUGCUCGCCAGCCGCUACCUCGCGCAGCCCGCCGGCAAGGGCCGCAGCCGGCUCGUGCACCUCGCCAGGGUGGACACCAUGGGCCGCACUCCAGAGUGGUACAACAAGUGCUACGGACACAUCUGCGCGCUCUAUCUCGCUCGCAUUCGGGCCUCCUUCAAACACAAUACCGAGGGUCCCGAGUCGAACGUAUGAUCCAAGCAUUCCACUUAAGCUAUAUCCACAUUGGAUGUGGUUUAAGUCUUAUAAUUUUAAUAUAGCCUUUUAUGUAAAGGCAUUUUUAAGUAAUGUUAUUGCCAACCUAAAUGCGACCCUGUUAGAUCGUGUAUCUUUGUCUCUUUGUUCACUAAUGGACAGACAACACUAUAUUAUUUAGAUUAGUGGUUGGCAAUCAAGUUACAUAUUGAUAUUUUAUAGAAAUAAAGAUAUUAUAUUCCAUUGAUAUUUCAAAAUGUGCCCAAAUGUCUCGUGUAAAAAUAUAUUUAUGGAGAUAUUUUGAUAUUAUAUAAUUGCAUAAUAAUUACUUUAUUAGAUUACGAGCACUACCUACCUCCAAGAUUCAAGGUUAUUCAACCCUUAUCCCUAGGGACCUACCAAAAAGCCUGACUGCAUUGUAAUGUUAAGAUAUUAGUUUACUGAUAUAUAUUUUAUAUAAAUGAUUAAAUUUACAUUUCCCCUGUGGUGCGUUGUGUAUAUAAUAAUAUUACAUUAUAUUUAAGUGUCGAAGAAAGUGUUAUCUCAGAGCAAAUUUUAUGUAAUCUCAUGUAUCACAAGUCAGCUAUAAUCAGUUUUACCAUGCCCUAUGUAAAGUUAUCGUUACAUAUCACUAGUCAUAUUAUAAUUUAAUAAAUAACAUUGGUAUAAGUGUUAUAUAAUUAACUGUACCUGUCCUGUGUUCAGGAAUGUAGUAUUAAUAUUGAUAUUUUAAAUGCGUAUAUUCAGAAAAAUGUACAUAUUUCAAAGUAUGAUGUGUUGUAUGUUGUGUAUGACAUUUGUGUAAAGGUGUGACUGUAAAUAUUUUUGAUAGUGUUACAUAACCAUCACAAUUUUGAUCGUAUUUUUAAAUAAUCUUGAAGCAAUGUCUCGCCGUGUGAAGUGAAUUUUAGAUAUUUAUUUUUAUUUGAAAUACAGAACUUCUAAGACUUUCAAUAUUUAUUUUGGAAAAUUCAAUACAAUAAAUAUAUAAUGUAGAUUCGAUGUGGUAUUAAAUAAAAUAUUUUAAUUUAUAUAGUGACUGCAUUUAUUUACAAGAUUUAAGUCUGUACUUCUCACGGCUAAUUUAUAUUUUCCUGUAUCUGGGAAACAUUUUUAAACCAAAUAAUAUCGAAAAUGAUGAUCAUUUUGUAAAUAAAUAAUAUAAUAAUUUACUUCGUAAUUUCAAGUUGUUGUUAGUUACCUACGAUAUCACAAAUUAUGGUGCAGAUUUUGGUUAUACAUAAUAUAAAAUAUGUUAAUAUGACAUAAAUUAAAUGAGUCCAGAUCAUCCACACUUACAUGACAAAAAUAUACAACAUUGAUAUAUUGUGUGUUAGUAGUUAUGAUAAAAAUAUAUAAAUACCCACUUUCUGAACACAUAUUUAUCAGAAAUAAGUGGUGUUCGUUUGCCGCCCUAGGAAAAGUUGUAGGUAAUAUCAUUAGGUAUAUAACUUAUGAGCAAUUUCAUCCAUAAUAAUUAUAGAUCUGAUUCUUUAUAAGUAUAGUGCAGGAUAUAUAUUUAUACCUAUAGGACAGGACAAUGUUAUCACCUGGACUCAUGCUGAAAAAUAAAAUUAUUAUUGUGAACCAAUCAGUGGGCAUUCCAUAUAAAAUAUUAAUUUAUUCUUUUCAGAAUUUCACAAAAGUAUUUAUUUUGCCAAUAAUAUCAUGAACAAGUAUAUUAAGGUCUAAUAGAAAUAAAUGUAUGUGCAAUGAUUGAGACUUUAUAAUUUCACAGCUUUUAUUAAAACUCGGUACAUUUUUUAUUUUAAUAAUAUUUUAACAACAGUAGUAGAUUAAAAGUUGCCAGUAUUUUAUUUAUUUAAGAUAUUCCAUUUUGAAGUAGCAAUAAAUUAUUUUUCUAUUCAACAAAUGUCGUCAAUCAAUCAUUUCUUAUAAUCAACCGUACAACAAACCAAAUGAUUAUAAACUAAAUAGUAUAAUUAUAAAUUACCAAUGUGUAUAAUAUAUAUUUCAGUAUUUCGAAGUACGUAAUUUAAUAUGUGUAAAAAUAACAGUAUGAAUUAAUACUCCACAUAUGUUAUGUUGUAAAAUAAAUAAUGCAUUGUGAUUUAUUCUUUAUGAAAAUAUAUGGACCAUUAUAAUGAAA